AUGGCUCCCGAACUCGACGCGGCCGAAGUGGCCCGCCACAACACGGCUGAUAGCUGCUGGGUCAUCCUCUACGGCAAGGUCUACGACGUGACGUCCUUUUUGAGCGCCCACCCGGGGGGCUCUCGCAUUAUCCUCUCGCUCGCCGGCCAAGAUGCCACCGAGGACUACGACCCCGUGCACCCGCCCGGUACCCUCGAGGAGAACCUGGCCCCGGAGGCCGUCCUCGGCACCGUGUCUGCCGCGAGCCUGGAAAGGCUCCAUGCCGCGGCGCAGUCCUCACAACCACCACCGGCACCACCACCAGCGGCGGCGCCCACGGCCAAGAGCGAGCCGGAACCGCUCCUCCCCGUGCAAGCCCUCCUCAACCUCGACGACAUUGAAAAAGAAGCGGCCAAGCGGCUCUCGCCGCGCGCCUGGGCAUACUACUACUCAGCCUCCGACGACCAAAUCAGCAAGGUCCGCAACAACGACGUCUACCGGGAUAUUAGCAUGCGUCAACGGGUACUCAUCGACGUCAAAGCCAACGACCAGUCCACCUCCUUCCUCGGGCACCCCGUCUCCACACCCGUCUUCGUCGCGCCCGCGGCCAUGGCGCGCCUCGCACACCCCGACGGCGAGGCGGCCAUUGCAGGCGCCGCCGCCCACUUUGGCGCCAUGAUGAUUGUCUCCAACAAUGCCUCGAUGACUCCCGAGCAAAUCGUCGCGGCCGCGGCGCCAGGCCAGCUCUUUGGCUGGCAGAUCUACAUCCAAGACGGCCGCGACAAGAGCGCGGCCAUGCUGCGCCGCAUCAACGCCAUGCCGGACCGGUACAAGUUCAUCUGUCUCACACUCGACGCGCCGACGCCGGGCAAGCGGGAGCUUGACGAGCGCGGCAACCUCGACGCAACGAUGCGCGUGGCGGCGGCGGGCAACCCGGGGGUCGAGGCGCGCCCCGGUGGCGGCGGCGUCGGCCAGCAGCUCUUCUUCGGCACCGCGGCGGAUUUGACGUGGGACACGACGCUGUCCUGGCUAGCGGCGCACACGCAGCUACCGAUUGUGUUGAAGGGCGUGCAGACGCACGAGGACGCGUACCGGGCGAUGCAGCAUAAGCAGGUCAAGGCGAUUAUCCUGUCGAAUCAUGGCGGCCGCGCAUGCGACACGGCGCCGCCGCCGGUGCAUACGCUGCUCGAAAUUCGCAAGUACUGCCCUGAGGUCCUGAGCCGGCUCGAGGUCUGGAUCGACGGCGGCAUACGGCGCGGCACGGAUGUCGUCAAGGCGCUGUGUCUGGGCGCGCGAGGCGUGGGGCUUGGUCGUGCGCCGCUGUACGGUCUCGGGGCCGGGGGCCAGGCGGGUGUGGAACGCAUGUUCGAAAUCCUGCAGGCCGAGAUUGCGACUGCCAUGCGCUUGAUUGGUGCCCGUUCUAUUUCAGAUCUUCGUCCAAGCUGUCUUAACACGCGCCGCGUAGAGAGGGAUAUUUAUGACGGCGAACCCGGGCUCGACCGUCAAGGUCUAUGGACAAAAUCGAAACUGUAA